AUGGCCAUAACUGUUGGUGUUGCCGGUAUCACCGGAAAGUUCGCUCGUCGGGUGGUCAGCCACCUGCUGCAGCACUCCGACAUCACUAUCCGCGGCUAUUGCCGUGACCCCAGCAAGGUCCCCGCGUCCAUAUCCUCAUCCGAAAAGGUCACCCUUCUUAAAGGGGAUGCCUUUGACAAAGAGGCGAUUCGAUCUUUUGCCGAGGGCUGCGACGUGAUCGUGUGCUGCUACCUGGGCGACGACAGGCUCAUGGUGGAAGGCCAGAAGGCUCUGAUCGAUGCGUGCGAGGAGGUCGGGGUGCCUCGCUACGUCGCCACCUACCUGGACACGAAGCAGAAGGUCAAGGGGGUGCACAUCCUGAUCGGCGGGUUCAUCGAGCCGGUGCUCAGCCCCUUCUUCAACAUCCUCGACCCCCAGACCCAUACGUUCCGCUACUGGGGUGAGGGCGACGAGUACAUGGAGGGGACGACUUACGACAACGCGGCGGAGUUUACUGUCGAGGUGAUCCGAGAUGCAGAGGCCACGGGCGUUGUUCGCUUCCUCGGUGGUCGCGCCACCAUCCGUGAAAUUGCGCGAUCCUAUGAAAGGGUCUACGGCGUCAAGGCCAACCUUGAAAGACUGGGCUCCCUGGACGAGUUGUACAAGACCAUGCACCAGAAGCGGGCGGAGAAUCCUGCUGACAUUUACAGCUACAUGUCGCUCUUCUUCUACUACUACUGGGUGAAUGGACAGACCUUUGUUGGACCUGAGACGGAUAAUGCCAAGUACCCCGAUGUCAAGCCGGUUGAUUGGGAGGGAUUUCUGAGGCAGUGGCCGUUGCAACAGCUGCCUACUGCCUACUUCGCUUUGAAUGCUUGA